AUGACUAGUGUAAGCAGUGAUAGUAGAAAACAAUUUAAAGGUUCAGGUGAUCAUGUAUUUGAUUUUGAUAAUAAAGAAAAUCAUGAUUUCCUUUCAUUAACAAUAAAACAAGAUAAUAAUAAUAAUAAUAAUAAUAACACCAAUGUUUCAUUAUCACCAUCAAUUAAAAGUCAAGCAACAUCUUCCACUGGUGGUAAUAAGAAUCAAAUAUUUUCACAAAUGAGAGAAUUAGAUAAAAAAUCAUUAAUGUUAAUUGAAACUUAUUAUAGAGAUAAAUUAAUAACUUAUCAAGAAAAAUUAAAAAGAGAAUUAGAACAAAUAUAUAAUAAAAAAUUACAAUCAUUAAAAAUUCAAUAUGAUAGUGAUUCUUAUUUAAAAUUUAAACAAUUUGAACUUGAAACUAAAAAAGCAUUAUUGUUACUAUUAAAAGAAUUCCAAGAUUUAAAGAAAUCAAAACAACAACAAGAAAAACAAUUAAAAUUACAACAAAUUAAACAAGAGAGUAAUAAUAAUAAUAAUAAUAAUAAUAAUAAUAAUAAUAAUAAUAAUAAUAAUAAUAAUAAUAAUAAUAAUAAUGAUGAUGACCAACAAAAAGAUAUAGAUAAUAGUAAUGAUAUUGUUAAUGAUUUUAAAACAGAUAAAAUAUUAAAAGAAAAAGAAGAAAUUUUAAAUAAAUUAGAAUUAAUAACGAAAUCAAUAACAGAUUUAUUUAUUCAACAAGUUGAUAUCUCUACUGAUACUAUCGACUUUCAAUCUUUUUUAUCAAAUAUUGUAGCAACGACGACAACAACAACUGCAACAAUAUCAAAUUAA